AGCCGGUGGAACUACGCGCUGCUGGUGCCCAUGCUGGGCUUGGCUGCCUUCCGUUGGAUCUGGACCAGAGAAUGUCAGAAAGAAAUAGAAAUAGCAAAAAGAGAAUAUUAUAGGAAGCAAUCAUCUUUACAAAGAGACCUGGAAGGCAAAUACCGGGAUAUAAUCACGGAGAAUCGUCGCGCUGUGGCUCAUCUGGAGCUGGAGCUGGAGAAGGAACGCAACAGAACCCUGAGCUACCGCGAAGCCCUCGUGUCCCAGAGCCGCAAGCUAGUAGAAGAAAGAAGGCUCCUAGAGCAGGAGCAGGAGAAGUUAGAGCGAGAAAAACAAGUCCUUUUGCAUUCAGGAGCAGAAGGUACCUUGUACCAGAGCUGCCUAGCAAAGGAAGAGGAGUGGCAGAAGAGAGCCAGUAUUUUACUAAGAGAAUUUGAGGAGGGACUUAAAGAAAGACAGGACAUCUACUGCAGCCUUGUUGUACCCAGGAGCCAGAGACUGGAAAUAGAGAAAAAUCUGCUAGUCAAAGCAGCAACUGAUCCUGUUGCCACUGCUCUACAUGUGGAAAGUGGCUUAAAAGAUAUUUUCAAACAUGAUAACUACUGUGGCAAUAUGCUGAACAGGAACAAAAGUCAAAAUGGAAAGCUCAUGUGGCUCUAUCUGAGAUACUGGGAACUAGCUGUUGAACUACAGAAGUUCAAGAGGGUAGAACAGGCCAUGUUAGGAAAACGCUAAGCAGGGGAAGUGAUGGGAUUUCGUGGGAUCCACUUUGCAUAGUAGGGACAAUCACAGUUGUAGUCCAAAGCUGUUAAAUUCCCCUGCUGUGUUUCCAUCUCUCCUCCUUGUUGCACUUGUUAUUUGCAUGGGAUGUGUGCAGUGCUGGUGCCUUUCCUUUCACUAACAACAGAUGCUCUGGUGAGCUGUGCAUGCUCUUCAACUCUGUGAGUGUGUGUGUAUUGCAGACUGCAGUGUAGUAUAGGGAUGCUCCAGCUUCCGCAGGCAUCAGAAGCAGCAAAACAGAACUCCAUUUAGAGGGGUUUGCCU